AGUCCCAGCCCGGGAAGCCGAGCCUGAGCCGGGCUCCGGGCGGGAGGGCCGUUUUGCGCCUGCGCAAUCCGGGCGGUUGCCAUGGAGUCGGAAGGGGCCUACGAGCCGGGCUUCGUGGGGAUCCGCUUCUGCCAGGAAUGGUGAGGCCGGAGGGGGAGGCGGGACGGGGGGGGGAGGAGGAGAGAGAGGAGGAGAGGGCGGGGGCCGCAUUGAACGGCCCCCCAUCAGUCCCCUCAGGGGCCGGGCUAGAUGACCUCGGGGGUCCCCCUCCCAACGCUGCAGGUCUGUGAUAUGCCGAGAAGGGGGAUAUCCUGCAGAAGCAAGAACCGAAAAUAAACAGGGACUGGCAUGGUUUCCCAAAACACAGUCAGGGGUUAGGGAAAGAAAAUUUAAUUUAAUUUAAUUUAAAAAUUCCUUCCAGUAGCACCUUAGAGACCAACUAAGUUAGUUAUUAGGGUCUAAACCACUGUGGAUCAGAAGGUCAGCAGUUUGAAUCCCUGCAAUGACGGGGUGAGCUCCCGUUGCUCAGUCCCAGCUCCUGCCAUCCUAGCAGUUCAAAAGCACGUCAAAGUGCAAGUAGAUAAAUAGGUACCGCUCCAGCGGGAAGGUAAACGGCGUUUCCGUGCGCUGCUCUGGUUCGCCAGAAGUGGCUUAGUCCUGCUGGCCACAUGACCCGGAAGCUGUACGCCGGCUCCCUCGGCCAGUAAAGUGAGAUGAGCGCCGCAACCCCAGAGUCGGCCACGACUGGACCUAACGGUCCCUUUAACUUUUAAGUUAGUUAUUGGUAUGAGCUUUCGUGUGCAUGCACACUUUUUCAGGUACACGGGGUUAGGGAGAGAUGCUCGUGGUGGAGCAGCAGCAGCAGCAACCAUAGUAAGGGGAAUAAUAGGAAAUAACAACAGCAAUUUAACAACAACAACAUGCUCCCUUCUUGACUUUCAACUUUCCUGGGCACAUGAAACUAACCACAACUACCUCGAAUUUUUGCUCAACCCUCAAGAAGGAAGGACCUUUUCGCUAGCCAGGUUCAAAUCAAAGCCAUGGGGAAGGUUCCUGGGCAUGGCAGAGAGAGAAUCUGCUGAUGGGAUGACCACCUGGUGGAAACUCUUACUCACAUGGUUCUUAAAUGUAAACUAUAUGCUGAUCUCCGCCAGCAAUUCCUAGAGCAACUCUGCAUCCCCAAAUGGAAACCAGAGGUCAUACACUUUCUACUAUUGGGGAAUGACCAGGAGCUCACUAAGUUAGUGGCCAGAUAUCUUUAUCUGGUACAGUCAUACCUCAGGAUAAAUAUGCUUCAGGAUAAGUAUUUUGGGUUGCGCACCAUGGCGACCUGGAAUUAAAGGAGCGUGUUACUUCCAGGUUUUGCUGCUCGAGCAUGCGCAGACGGUAAAAAUCACGUCACGCGCGGAAGCGGCAAAACGCGGCACGUGCAGACGCACAGUCGCAUCUUACGUUCUAUUCAGGAUGCGAACAGGGCUCUGGAAUGGAUCCCAUUUGCAUUUUGAAGUACCACUGUAUUCUGUUGUCGAAACACAUUGCAGACAACUGAUCUCCCUGGAGACCUAGAGAUGUGACAACAGUCUGCUCUGCCUCUCCUUUUUUGGGGGGGGGGGUAAAUGUUUUGUGCCAUGGGGGAAGCGGUAACUCUGUAUUGUUAUGUUAUGGAUGUUUGUAUAUGAAGCCGAUAAAAGCUUUGAUGAUGAUGAUCAUGAACAACAACAACUUAUACCCCAUCCAUCUGGCUGGGUUUCCCCAGCCACUCUGGGCAGCUUCCAACAAAAUAUUAAUAAUUCAGAAAAACUUGAGACAUUAAAAGCUUCCCUGAACAGGGCUGCCUUCAGAUGUCUUUUAAACAUCAGAUGGUUGUUUAUUUCCUUGACAUCUGGUGGGAGGGCGCCACCACCAAGAAGGCCCUCUGCCUGGUUCCCUGUAACCUUACUUCUCGCAGGGAGGGAACCGCCAGAAGGCCCUCGGCACUGGACCUCAGCGUGCGGGCAGAACGAUGGGGGUGGAGACGCUCCUUCAGGUAUACUGGGCCUUUGAGGCCGUUCAGGGCUUUCAAGGUCAACACCAACACUUUGAAUUGUGCUCGGAAACGUACUGGGAGCCAAUGUAGGUCUUUCAGGACCAGUGUUAUAUGGUCUUGGCAGCCGCUCCCAGUCACCAGUUUAGAGUUAUCUGGAUCCAUUUUAAUCUGGCUUUGGGAUUUAGAUUCAGAGCCAGAGACUCGAUGCGCUGGCUGGUGAGCUGUGGGACUGUUCCCAGAGAGAGGCGAUGGAGGACAGGUGACAGACUCCUUGGCCGUGGUACUUUGGAAUAUUGUAGGAUUUUAUCUUGUCCCCUGUACUUUUUAAUAUCAAUAUCAAACUGCUGGGAAAUAGGGAUCAUGAGAUCACCAACAUGUCAUGUCAGGAGUUUGGAGCGCAAUGUCACCAGUAUGUGAAUCAUCUGUCUCAGGCGAUAAGACUCAAGCAGUAAUUGCUUUUAAGAGUAAUCCGUGUGGUUAUUUCAUGGCCCUUUCUUCUUCUCCUCCCAAGUUGAGAACUCUGUGUUCCAAACAGGGCGGUAAGCAAACUUAAAAAGUCAUCUUGGUUGGCACAUGUCUGUGCGCCUCUGGGGCUGAAGCCAAACUCUCUCCAUAUCACCUGAACCAAGCUAUAAUAUUCCAGCAUAAUAAUAUUCCAAGAACUGUUACUGCUGUUGUUUCUGGGUCAUUGGAGCGAUAAUUGGGAACAGGGUGUUCAGAAAAGGGCGGUAUGCAAACUUAAAAAGUAAUCCUCGUUGGCACCUGUUUGUCUCGAGAGACAAUGGAGUGUGCCUCAGGGGGUGAAGUCAAACUGCUGUGUUAUCAUCACUGAAAUGACCUCCCUGGGCGCAAGCCUGGGCAGUGUGUCUGGAGGUCCUGGGCUGCCCAGAUGAGAAGAACCCCCCCUUGGCCUUGCUGAGGUGGUCCAAAGGAAAGCAGAGCAAUGCGUUUGGCACCAACUUGGCGGCAGGAGUUGACGGAAGGAGGCGCACAAGGCGCCACCCAACCUCCUUAGCUGACUCCACUCGGGAUUUGUGUAGGGUUUACCCCUUAGCUUUCUCUUUGUGCUGGGCCCGGGGUUUAACCCGAGCAACGCGGUCCAGGUCCGGUCCUGAAUCCAAGGGUUCCGCGAGGAGUCAGUUUGGCAGGACACGAGGCAGGAAACCAGGCAAGGGCAGGUACAGGAUCUCAGGCAGGUUCUGGCCAACGGCAACGUUGCUCCCGCAACCUAGGGCGGGCUCCAGCAGCCUUUUAUCUCUGUCGGGGUAGUGGCCGGUCCUGAUCCCCCGGCGACUCACCUCCCUGUUUUGCCCGAAGACGAGCACUCCUCCUGCAAGUACUCAGGUCUCUCCUUCUCUCAGACCUCAGUCUCUGCAGCUCAGGAGACGUCGGUGGGUGACUAGACCCAGAGGCCGCCUCAGCCUCCCCUGACCCAACUGGUAGCCUUGCAUUCAGCUCUUACCUGUGGCUUCUUGAAGCUGACAGCAUGCCACUGUGGCCACAACCUGGGAAAUAGUAAUGACGAUAAGGGUAUAAUGAUUGUUUGGAGGUCUUUCCUGGAAGUGCGGCACUGGCACUGCGUGACCUGUGUGGGCUUCUCUUACACGUAAACAUGCUUGGCAGAAAAGACACCCAAGCCUACUUAAUGUAAAAGGUAAAAAAGAUAAAGGAUACCUGGAUAGUUAAGUCCAGUGAAAGGCGACUCUGGGGUUGCGGCGCUCAUCUCGCUUUCAGGCUGAGAGAGCCGGUGUUUGUCCGCAGACAGCUUUCCAGGUCAUGUGGCCAGCAGGACUAAACCGCUUCUGGCGCAACGGCACACCGUGAUGGAAACCAGAGAGCAUGGAAAUGCCAUUUACCUUCCCACCACAGCAAUACCUAUUUAUCUACCUGCACUGGCAUGCUUUUGAACUGCUAGGUUGGCAGGAGCUGGGACAGAGCAAGGGGAGCUCACUCUGUUGUGUGGAUUAGAACUGCUGACCUUCUGAUGACAAGCCCAAGAAGCUUAGUGGUUUAGAGCACAGAGACACCCGUAUCCCUUUAAUGUUGCGUAGUGAGGGCCAUUAUCAGGGAGGCUGAGGACUUCAAUAAGGGCAUACUUUUAUAAUGUGCAAUGUUUUAUUAUGUUUUUAUAUAUGUUGCAAGCUGGAGCAACCCAGCCAAAUGGGCAGGGUAGAAAUAAUAAAACAGCAACAACAAAAUUAGUAUUUCUGCGUCCCUCAAUUUAUGAGCACAGGAAAAGCUACCCAUCCAGCAUCUCUUGGAGUUCUGUUCACAACAGAUUCCUGUUCUGAUAACGUAAUGGGAAAACAAAGACAGGCAGCGAUCCUGCUGAGCUGCAGAGCAAAAAAAAGGGUUCACUUUUAAAACUGGGGCGAAGGAAUAAUAGAAUUGUGGAGGGACUCCCAGGGGCCAGCUAGACCAACCCCCUUGCAUGGCAGGAAUCACAGCUGAAGCAUCCCUGACAGGGGGCCAUCCAACCUCCGCUUAAAAACCUCCAUGGAAGGAAGGGAAGAAGAGUUUGGGUUUGAUAUCCCGCUUUAUCCCUACCCUAAGGAGUCUCAAAGCAGCUAACAAUCUCCUUUCCCUUCCUCCCCCACAACAAACACUCUGUGAGGUGAGUGGGGCUGAGAGACUUCAGAGAAGUGUGACUGGCCCAAGGUCACCCAGCAGCUGCAUGUGGAGGAGCGGAGACGCGAACCCGGUUCCCCAGAUUACGAGUCCAUUGCUCUUAACCACUGCACCACACUGGCUCUCAGUGGAGAGUCUACCAGCUUCUGAGGAGUCUCUUCCACUGCCUAACAGCUCUUAGCAUCAGAAAAAGUUAUCCUGCCAUGUUGAUGGGGGACUUGGACGCAGGAAUCGCUAAGCCUUGUGCUGAGUCAGACUUAUGGGUCCAUCUAGCCCCAUAUUGUCUACACUGACUGGCAGCCGUGAUCUCCAGGAUUUCAGGCAGAGAACGGAACCUGGGACUUUCUCCCCGCAAAGCAGCUGCUCUCUGCCCCUGGGCUUUGGGCUCCAGCUCCUGUCAGCUCAAGCCAGAACAGCUGCUGCUGCCCACAACAUCUGGAGGGCGCCAGGGCCGGGCAAGGCGGCUCUCAGCUGUUGGCCCCCCACUCCCCGCUCAGCUUCAGUGGAUGUCCGUCCAACUAGUUCUAGUUUUACAUUUGCAUCCCACCUAUUCUCCAAGAAAUUCACUUAAAUCUUUCUCUCUCUUCUCUCUUUUUUAACAGCAACAACAUGUUGUACCCUAAAGAAGACAAAGAGAACAGGAUCCUUCUCUAUGCUGUGAGUGUCAGGUGGCAAUACUCUCUUCAGGUAGACUCUUGAGUGCAGGGUUUCACCGUGAGCUGUUGUGGCUUUGUGGCAGUCCCUUCCCAGCUCAGCUGCCUGGCUGGGACCUUUUGGCCGGGAAAGGGGCAAGCUUGGUCAUUUUGCUCUAUGUUUGCUAGCUUCGAGCUGUGCACCUUGGGAGGCAGCCGUAACUCAGCCUUUGAGAUUGCUGGGCACGGAUCACGGGUGUGCAGUGUCAGGAGCGAGACAGCAGUGAAUCACACAGAGCAGGUGGUUAACGCUUUAUUAGAAAAACAGGAUCCGCACAGGAAUGCCAGGCCUAAUGAGCGUGGCAACUCUUCUUUGGUAGGUCUUGUACUUUAUGAAGCAGUUGCGGAGACUGAAGGCCCCUGCCUUCCCACAGCUGCCUAAGUCUCCUCUUCCAGGUCUUUCCUAAGCAAUCUGAGACUAUGCCUGCAGGUCUUCCUUUGCUCCUCACACUUCAUACCUCUCCUGGUCCUGGGAGCCCAGGGAAGAGGGGCACUUGUCACAGCAGGAGGGGGAGACACCUGUGCUGCUUCAUCAGCCUGACUCAUCUCUGCCUCUUGGCCUCCCUCAUCCUGCUCUGCCGCCUCUCUUGACUUUUCUCUGCCGCAGACUCAGAGCUCACUAAGCCGUGCUACACCUUCAGCUUCUGACACCUCCUCCUCCCCAUCUCCUCCCUCUGUCCCACCACCAUUCCCCGCACUCAGAUCCUUCUUCCCCAGCUGGUGCCUCCCACCGUUCCUCUACGUCCAACCAGUCUGUGACUGCCAGGCAGUUUCUCCCUCCUGGCAUCAGUCUUGUAGGCAAUGUUUUGCCCCCCCAGGGCUUGCUGGGAACGUGAACGUGUGACCGUUCUUCUCUUCUCCCUGCAGUGCCGCAACUGCGACUACCAGCAGGAGGCUGACAAUAGCUGCAUCUACGUCAAUAAGAUCACGCAUGAAGUUGAGUAAGUACCAGCAGCUGCCUUGAAGGAAUUGCUGGCCUGGGUUGAUCUUCCUGAAGCCCCUGGAGAGGCCAUUGCCAGCCACACUGCAUAAGGGAACGCACUGACUUUACAUAAGGCAACCUCCUGUAUUCCUGCCUUGAAAAUCCAGCCUAGUUUUGCAUCCACUUUGUUCAGACAAGUGAAACAUGGAAAAAUGCCCUAGUGGUUGAUCACAAGCUGAACGUGAACUGGCAAAGUGACGCAGCUGCAGUGAAAAGUUAUUUCUUGGCUGCCUUCACAGAACCAUAGUUUCCAAUCCAGGUGCCAGGCCAAGGGGGUCAGUGGGGGUGGGGGGAAGCACCCACACAGAAACAACAACAACAACAACAACAACAAUUUAUUUGUACCCCGCCCAUCUUGCUGGGUUUCCCCAGCCACUCUGGGCAGCUUCCAACAAAAAUUAAAAAUACAUUAAAAUAUCUCACAUUAAAAGCUUCCCUGAACAGGGCUGCCUUCAGAUGUUUUCUAAAUGUCAGGUAGUUGUUUAUUCCUUUGACAUCUGAUGGGAGGGCGUUCCACAGGGCGGGCGCCACCACCGAGAAGGCCCUCUGCCUGGUUCUCUGUAACUUGGCUUCUCGCUGGGAGGGAACUGCCUGAAGGCCCUCGGAGCUGGACCUCAGCGUCCAGGCAGAACGAUGGGGGUGGAGAAAUGAGAAGAGAGGGUCUUUUUGGAAAAUUCAGAAAGGUGGUAAGGAAGCAGCCAGGUGUCCUGGGGGCAGCGCAAUGGGAAGAAUGAUGACUGCAAAAGAAAAGGGGGGGGGUUUCCCCCGGGGAUGGGGCUGACUUUUGACAGCAAGAGAUUGCCGUUCAUCGCAUAAUGGUUUCCAAUGUAUUUUUGAGAUGGGCUGACGGGAAGUGGGCAGGCUAACUAUCAAAAGAAUCACUUUUUAACCAUCUGUAUUUCAGUGAACUAACCCAGAUCAUUGCUGACGUUUCCCAGGACCCAACUCUGCCCCGAACAGAGGACCACCCUUGCCAGAAGUGAGUGGUGAGCUGUAGCCAUUCUCCUUUUUUUAAAAAAAGUCCGGCAAAUGCCACAAAGCAUAGAACAGCCUGGGACAAACAAAAACCUUUGAAGGAGGCCAGCCCUCCCAGACAUUUUGGACUCCCAUCAGCUAGUCCCAGACAUCGGGUGUGGGAUACCAGGUUGGGAAGGCGGGGUGUGGGUCAUUUCCUCCGCGCUUCCGGGAUCUGCCCUGCCUCAUAACCAGAUCUUUCCACCCCUGUCUUCCAGGUGCGGCCACAAGGAAGCCGUCUUUUUCCAGUCUCACAGCGCAAGGGCUGAGGUGAGGAGACUUCUUUUGAGAUCUAGGGCAGCUGAUGUUUUUGUAAUCCCUGGCAGCAACACCCCUCUUAAAAGUUACGAGCAAUGACAUUCGCUCGCUUUGCAUGUGGGUUUCCCUGCAUCGGGUCCUCUACUUCAGUAGCAGAAUUUCAGCCGUGACUCCCACUUGAUUUGCAUGUCUGUUUUCCACCCGCUGCCCCACUCACUUAUUCAAAUAUCUCCUCUUAAAACCAGCUGGGCGACUGCCACAGAGUUUGGAGUCUCUGUCACUUAAAAAAACCCCACCAGGGGUGGGUGUUUUCAGCUGAGCUCCUUACAGACUCGCAGAAGGGCGUUCCCAGAGCCAAAACAAUUUGCAGUUCUGCAUUUGCAGUUCAAAACAAAACAGCAUUAUGGUUAUGUUGCAAACAUAACAGGAGUUUUUUUUCCAGCGCUCCGAAACCUUGGGAAUUAGGAGCUGGAGGUUUGAAAGGUGGCUUCUGGUUCUGUUGGGUUUUAAGCCUUCACAUUUCCCCGGAGGUCUUUAUGAUCGCGGGGGCAAGGCAUGGAAACACACCUGGAAUACCCGUCUCACCCCUUCCCUCUCUGCUUUAGGAUGCCAUGAGGCUGUAUUACGUCUGCACGGCCCCACACUGCGGUCACCGCUGGACAGAGUGAAGCCCGUGGAGAUGCCAGCCCCCUCCUUUCCUGACGUUACCUUAAUUUCUCUCCUUUCUGACAAACUUCCAGAUGAUUCAACUGUUGCCUGUCUGUGCCUAGACACCCUCUUUGACUUGGGUUGUUCGUGUUUUUGGCUUUGUUAAUAAAACAUGGUUUAUAUUUUUACAAAAGUCCCAAA